CAGCAUCCGACGAUGAUACGACGACAGGCACGGCAGCGUCGCGAUUACCUUUACCGACGCGCUCUUACCCUUCGCGAUGCUGAGAUUUCCGAGAAGCGUGCAAAGCUGAAGGCGUCGCUUGCGUCGGGCAGACCCCUCGAGCCCAGCAUAGCGAACGACUCUCAGCUGCGCCGUGACUAUAAGUACGACGAGUCGCGUGCGGACCGCACCACCGAGGAGGAGCUGGAGCUCGAUGAUGAGUACAGCUAUCUCUCCGGCGUCGUUGAGCCUCGCGUGCUAGUCACCACCUCGCGCGACCCCAGUAGCAGGCUGGGCCAAUUUUCCAAGGAAAUUCGACUGCUGCUGCCCACCAGCAUACGACUGAAUCGCGGCAACACCAUUCUGCCUAACCUCGUCAGCAGCGCCAAGGCCAACGGGCUGUCCGACCUGAUCUUGUUGCACGAGCAUCGCGGCACACCCACAGCGCUCACGAUCUCGCACUUUCCUCACGGCCCCACUGCCUCGUUCAGUCUACACAAUGUGGUCUUGCGACACGACAUUCCAAACGUCUCGCGCGGAACGGUCAGCGAGAGCUAUCCGCACCUCAUCUUUGAGGGGUUCACAACGCAGCUUGGGAAGCGAGUACUGAAAAUACUACAACACCUCUUUCCGCCACGAGAAAGCGGCACGAAGUUGGGCUCGAGAGUCGUGACUUUCAAGAACAUCGAAGACAGCAUAGAAGUAAGACAUCAUGUAUUCGUCAAGACGGGCUACCAAAGUGUUGAGCUGGCGGAAGUCGGACCUCGAAUGACGAUGCGCUUGUUCGAGAUCAGGCAGGGCACAGCGGAAAACAAGGAUGGAGAUGUGGAAUGGCACAUGAACCAGUACACGAGGACAAGCAAAAAGAAGGACUAUUUGUGAGGAGAAUAGAAGUGCCGGCUGGUCCCUCCAUGAUGGACGAUUGGCCCUACCUCCUACAGCCGAGAUGUGACUUGAACCAUCCGCUUCUCUCUGCAAAGUUUGCGCGAAUUCAUUGAAGUGAACAGUACUUGCUCCUUCCCUUUGAGGGCGAAGGGAUGUGAAUGACGCUCAACACAGGACGGUGCUUCCAUGGUUUGUGGUAGCAUUCAUGGACAACAGGGGCCGUGAGGUAGUAGAGGUAGUUGGACGUGGUCCACUACCAAAGUGGAGAGGCAGAUGAAUAAGGUAUGCGGAGUAGGUACUUCCAGUACGUCUUAGCCAAAGGGUAGAAACAUCCAUAGCUUGUUUGAGGCAAGGCCCAGGAGACAGAAGGACGUGACUGAAGUCGUGGAGUCGUAGGUGCUGUGCUGACUCUCGGCAAAGCCCAGAUGGUUGUCCGUUGCUGGCACUCAUCAGAGUCACCAGACAUACAUAACGUCACCUGUCACCAGAUGCGUUCC